AGCGAAUUGUACCUGAAAUAAUUUUGCAAUGGAAGUCUCGAGCUUGAAUCAUAAGUCCCUCAUCGUUGAUGCCCCAGUUCUAGAGUACAUCUUGGAAAAAAAUGCCUACCCUAAAGAGCACGAGCAACUCAAGGAAUUAAGAGAAAUCACUGCCAAGAAGUGUGAAGAGAGGAGCUUCAUGAGUGUACCAGUUGAUGAAGCGCAAUUUUUAUCUAUGCUUUUAAAGAUUAUGAAUGCCAAGAAAACAAUGGAAAUCGGAGUUUUUACCGGCUAUUCUCUUCUUGCCACCGCCCUCGCACUACCCGAUGAUGGUCAGAUAACCGCAAUCGAUUUGGACAAAGAAGCUUAUGAAAUUGGAUUGCCAUUCAUACAAAAGGCUGGAGUUGAGCAUAAGAUUAACUUCAUUCAAUCAGAUGCCUUCUCAAUUCUGGAUCAUCUUAUUAAGAAUGAAGAAGAAGCGAGUUUCGAUUUCAUAUUUGUUGAUGCCGAAAAGGAAGAUUACAUGAGAUUCCAUGAGAAAGUGAUGAAAUUGGUGAAAAUAGGAGGGAUUGCAGCUUACGAUAACACAUUAUGGCUUGGGUCUGUGGCUUACGAACAAGACGACGACAAAUAUAGCGCAAUGCCCGAAUCUAUAUGGAAAAAUAAAGAUUAUGUAAUUCAAUUCAAUGACUUCAUAGUAUCUGAUCCUCGAGUUGAAUCCUCUCUUCUUUCCCUUGGUGAUGGUCUCACCCUCUGUAGGCGCCUAUAUUAAUCA